UGGUGUUCUGGAGUGAUUGGGGUCCUAAUCCGAAAAUCGAACGCGCUUACAUGGAUGGCUCGCAGCGCCAAAUGAUUAUUUCGAAUGGCGUAACAUGGCCGAAUGGCUUAACCAUCGAUUAUCCCAGUCGGAAGCUCUAUUGGGCCGACGCAAAGCAACAUGCCAUCGAGUCAUCGAAUUUUGACGGCACGGAUCGCGUAAAAAUACUCAGCACACAUUUACCGCAUCCCUUUGCCUUAACCAUUUUUGAGGACACCAUGUAUUGGACCGAUUGGAAUACGAAAACUGUUUCGGCGGCAAACAAGAUCACCGGAAAAGGCUUCCGUUCGGUACAUGAGAAUUUCCACUUUCCCAUGGACAUACACGCUUACCACCCAGCACGUCAGCCAGAAUAUCCGGACCGCUGUCAGAAGGAUCGAAGAGGUCUUCGAGGUGGCUGCUCUCAUUUGUGUCUGCCCAACAAGCUGUCGCGGCGUUGUGGCUGUCCCAUCGGGCUAUCGCUCAAAGAGGAUGGCAAAACCUGCAAAAGCAUACCCGAUAAGCUCGUGCUCGUAGCGCGCAGAAAGGAUAUUCGACUGCGUCAACUGAAUCCAAAAGCGUCAGCUGCCGCUGAAGUUGACAUGAUUUUACCAUUGGACUAUAUGAAGCACGCGGUCGCAUUAGACUGGUGCAGUGAAACGGACUACAUCUACUGGACUGAUGUUGAGCGCAGCACGAUCAAUAAAGCGCAUCUCAAUGGCAGCUACCAACAGCGUGUCGUGCAUUCAAAUCUCGUCUCACCAGCCGGUUUGGCAUUAGACUGGAUCACUGACAAACUCUAUUGGACCGAUCCGGCGACUAAUCGCAUAGAGGUGGCAACAUCAAAUGGCAAAAAGCGUACCCUACUCAUAUGGGAGAAGCUCGACAAGCCGCGUGAUAUUGUAGUCAAUCCGAUAGAGGGUAUAAUGUUUUGGUCCGAUUGGGGUGAACACGCCAUGAUAGAACGCGCCAAUAUGGAUGGCAAACAACGCGUAAUCGUCGCUGACGCAAAUCUCAAAUGGCCUAAUGGCUUGGCUAUAGAUUAUGAACAACAGAGGCUGUACUUUGUGGAUGGCGGUACAAGGACGUUGGAAAGCAUGGACUUUGAUGGCGGUCGGCGUAAAGUUAUACUAAACAAUCUCGGUCAUCCUUUUGGGCUGGACAUUAGCGAAAAUCGCGUUUUCUGGACGGAUUGGGAUAAUAAAUCAGCAUUCAGCGCUGACAAGCUCAACGGCCAGAAUAUCACAACUAUUAUUGCGAAUACCAGCGAUCUGAUGGACAUACGCGUAUUUCAUCGCUCGCGCAGGAGCGUACAAAAUGCUUGCGGCUCGAAUAAUGGCGGCUGUUCACAUCUCUGCCUUUUGAACCCGACCAGCUUCACUUGCGCAUGCCCUGUAGGCGUGCAAUUGCGGAGUGAUCUACGCACAUGCGCCGAAGGACCGAGCCGUUUCAUUAUCUUUGCACAUCGCAUUGACAUACGUCAAAUCUCAUUGGACUUUGCGCAUUUCAUCGAUGUUGUACUGCCAAUGCCACCCAUUGGCAAUGCUGUCGCUUUGGAUGUGGACUCAACAACCGGCAUCAUCUAUUGGUCUGACUCCAAGCAACAUGUGAUCAUGAGUUCAACACCCGAUGGAUUGCAUGUGCAUAAAAUAAUUGGUGAAAGCUUGGACAAUCCAGAUGGCUUGAUUGUAGACUCCGUCGGAAAAACUAUCUAUUGGGCUGACGCGGGUCGUCACACCAUCGAGGUUGCCAGCUUGGACGGUAAAAAUCGUCAUCUGAUCGCCUAUAAAGAUUUGGAAUCACCGCGCGGCUUAGCUUUGGACUACGAGGCUGGGCUCCUGUUUUGGACUGAUUGGGGACAUUAUCGCAAGAUCGAGCGUGCGCAUAUGGAUGGUGAAAGUCGACAACGUAUUGUCACUUCGAAUCUUGGCUGGCCAAAUGGUUUGUCGCUGGACUUGAAGACGAAACGUAUCUACUGGGUCGAUGCGCAGCUGAAGACUAUCGAUUCGUGUGACUACACUGGCAAUCAGCGUAAAUUGAUAAUGUCCUCACUGCACCAUCCUUAUGCGCUGGCCAUGACUGAUGAUCAUAUCUAUUGGACGGAUUGGAAAUCGAAAGCUUUGCAUAUGACCGAUCGACGAAACAUUACAGCGAAAAAGGAAAUAAUGACCAAUCUAGAUGGAUUGAUGGAUAUCAAAGUGAUAACGGUCAACAAAACGCAACCGGAAAAUGUUUGCGGCAACAACAAUGGUGGCUGUUCGCACCUUUGUCUGCGCAAUCCAACGGGCUAUUCUUGUAGAUGUCCCAUCGGUCUCAAACUGAAAGAAGGCAGCACCAAUCAGUGUCAGACCUUACCAGAUGAGUACCUACUGAUUGCCCAACGCUCCGGCAUUGGCAUGAUCUCGCUCAAUAUGCCCGAUUACAUGGACGUGGUAUUGCCCAUAAAUGCUGUACAUGGCGCCGUUGUGCUCGACUACCAUUUCCGCAAGAAGUUGCUUUACUUCGCGGACGUCAACACAGACGUAAUUAGACGCGUUGAUCUCACAAAUCUCUCUGACAGCAGGGCUAUUGUAAAUAAAGAACUGUUGACACCGAAUGGCAUUGCAGUCGACUGGAUUGCAGAUAAUCUUUACUGGUCCGACACAGAUCGAAAAGUCAUUGAAGUUGCGCGUUUGGAUGGCAGUUGCCGCAAAGAACUCAUCUCCGAAGAUUUAGGUGAUCCACGUUCGCUGAUCCUGCAUCCGCGCAAAGGGUAUCUCUUCUGGUCUGACUGGGACGCACCGGCACGCAUAGAACGUAGCUUGUUGGACGGCUCUAAUCGCAGCAUUAUUGUCACCGACAAUUUAGGUUUCCCCACCGGACUGACGCUGGACUUUGAUAACCGCCGCCUACUUUGGGCCGAUGCGUUGGAAGACAAUAUUGUCUCGGUCGACUUCAAUGGCAAGCGCCGCACAAAGAUUGUGGACUAUGCGCCGCAUCCAUUUGGUCUGACAAUGUUCGAUAACAGCAUUUACUGGACCGACUGGUACAACAAAUCCGUCUAUCGUUCAUUUCGCAAGGGGCGUGGCUUCAGCAAUCCCGUAGAAAUACGCGACUCUCUCAAUGGCGCGCUCGAUAUACGCGCAGUCUCGAUCAAACGUCAAGUGGAGGAGUGGAAUCAAUGUGCCCAGGAGAAUGGCGGUUGCACACAUCUUUGCCUCUUCCGUGGCUCAGACUAUGUGUGCGCUUGUCCCGAUCAGUCCGAUGAUCGUGAAUGUAAACCCACACCGAGAUUCUUAGUGCCGCGCCGUAGCGGCGGCGACAACACACCAGAUUAUGGCGAGGAAGCGACAGAUGGCGACGGCGCUUCAACGGAGCAUGAUGACGAUACAUACGAAGCAAGUUCAAAGACGAAUGAGCGUGAAACAUUCAUACUCAUCGCUAGCGGUGUCGUGAUUGUGAUGCUUCUCCUGAUCAUAGCCGCCAUCAUAUUUCUCAUAUUCAAUUCGAAACGCAAUAAAACGAAAAGGCACUCGCGUGGCUCCAGUCNCAAUGGAAUACACUCCCUGAUCUGGCUCUUUCUCAUCGUAUCAGCUGCUGCAGAAGUUAUUGUAGGGGACCCGACAGCAGCCAUCUACACUGCAGGCAUGAAGUUAGAUCUGAAUGUGGGAAGUGGGGAUCGAGUCUACGAGGAGCGUAGCAUGACCACCGAGACAGCGUCGUCGAGCCUCUUCGUGCCGACGCCAUCGCCAAUGGCAUCGCCUUCCACCAAACUAACGACACUCUCAACAAUAAC